GUGAAAGAAGAAACAAAUUUAUCGACCCUCUCUUUGAAAGGGCUUCUUCGAAAAGUUAAGUCAAUCUCCAAUACAUUCCGACACUUGUUUCUCUCCCGCAAUAUGGAUGAUUAUUACAGAAGGAACCAUGUUCCGGCUUUUGGUAGCUGGGAUUGGAACAACGACCUUCCUUUUACUCAGUGUUUUGAAUCGGCUCGACAAACUGGAUUGCUUCGUUAUAGCUACGCCGAGGAUCGUGAUUUAUACGUCGCCGGCGAUCUUUAUGAGAAUGAUAUCGUUACUCCCGCCAUGAUUGUUGUUCCUCGUAAAAGGACAAAAGUAGGACAGAAGCAUGUUAAAGACGGUAAAAAGCAAGGGUGGGAGGUCAGUGACGUGAAGCAACCGGCAAUGACAGCGAGCUCCAUUCCCAUGUCCAAGCCAACUCCAAAACCCGUUGAUGAAGACCUUUACAAAAUCUCCCCUGACCUACUAUACCCAGAAACCAAAAAGAAAAAAGGGUCGAACUUGUUCUCAUGCUGCUUGAUGCCAAGUUGAUUACCUUGGAGGAUUACGUAAAUAUAGUUCUUUUGAUCUUUCCCUGCCCUCUGUAUAUU